AUGGCGUACUGGGUCCGCCCAACCGGUAUCACGAGGAAUGGCAGCAUUGGACCUAUGGACAAUCCUGUGCGGGAAAGCGGCUCUAAUGGGUCUCAUCCUUUCGAUGCAUCGUUUUUGACAAGCUCGAAGCGCUUGGGACUCAAAAACGAUACGUUGAAACAAGGUCGGCUGGUGAACUGGAUUGUUGAGAUCCUGAAAGAGCACCUUAAGAAACUCGUUGCAUCGAGAGGGCCAACAGGAACAAGUGCACCCCUCCGUUACAACCUCCCGAAAGGCAAAACGAGCCUGGACGAGGUUGCCGAGGUCAUCAAGUUGCCUAAGUUCUCUGGGCAAAUGGACAAGAACUGGCGUCAAGUUGCUCUUGGCCUGGACGUGGUCUCUCAGCUCCAUCGCUACGUCACCGCUCUCUCUGAACUUUACUUGCCCAACCCAUUUCACAAUUUCGAACACGCCGCACACGUUACGAUGGCCACGGACAAGUUCAUGAAACGUAUUAAUUGGGAUUACACGCAUGGCGUAAACUCCGAUCCACUGACGCUGCUUGCCAUUGUCUUCUCUGCGUUGAUCCAUGAUGCAGAUCACCGUGGUGUGUCAAACACUCGCUUGGCCGAAGAAGAGAAGCAAAUGGCUGACAAGUAUCGAGGCAAGAGUAUCGCGGAAAUCCAUGAGUCUGAAAUGAAACGCUUCAGACAGGUCCUUGUGAACGUUGUGCUCGCAACAGAUAUCUUCGAUAAGGAAUUGAAUGGACUCCGUAAGAACAGAUGGGACAAAGCCUUCUCUAAUGAGUCCCUGUCGCAGGAAGAGAACAAUGACCUCCGUGCAACCAUUGUGAUCGAGCAUAUCAUGCAAGCUUCCGAUGUGUCGCACACAAUGCAACACUGGCACAUUUAUCGCAAGUGGAACCGCCGCCUCUUUCAAGAGUUGUCCUUGGCGUACAGGCAAGGGCGCAUGGGCAAAGAUCCAAGGUACGUACACGGAAUCCGAGUGAUCGAUCCUGCAAUGCGGACUCUCAACGAAUGUCAUCCGGUCAACGUCUGCAAAAACUCCAGUGAAUUUUGGUACAUACAAGGGCGAGAUUGGCUUUCUUUGACAUUUUACAUCAUCCCCCUUGCGAAGAAACUCAAGGAUUGCAGGGUGUUUGGGGUUUCCAGUGAUGAAUGUUUGAACUACGCAAUGCAAAACAGAGACGAAUGGAAGGAACGCGGCCAAGAAUCGUUGCUGAAAUGGUGGAAGAGCUCCGACUAG